ACUCCUCCAAUUUGUGUGAUCUGUUCUUCCUUUUGUGUUGCCCUCCCACCUCCGCUGCUGGGAAAGAGCCCGCCGCCAGGGAACCACACGAUGGAGAGAGGGAGAGGGAAACCGAGGGCGAACAGCGCGGCACCGAGCCGCUGCGACGGACGGAAAUUGCGAGGGCUCGGAAAAGAGGGAGGAGGCCGACACGGCGGCGGCCCAAUCCGGAGGGCGCGAUCGGUCCGCGGCCUCCGGGUCCUUCCUGCUGCGCCGGUGCGAAGGGGCCCUCGUCGACGUCGCCACCGCGGUGGAGCGCGACGAGCGCAGGGCCGCCGCCGCCGCGCCCGUCAGCCAUCGCAGUAUUUUAUUUUAUGGAAACAUAAUUGGGCUUCAUUUUCUUUGGAUCGGAUCGCAAUGUUCUUCUAUAAUUUAGAAAUAACUUUUUUGUUGCAUAGAUAGAUAAACAUACUAUCUCAGCUUGGUUUCUAUCUUGAUCAUGUUGUCACCUUCGAAUCUAUCUCAAUCUGUCCCACAGGACUGUCAAGGAUGCCCUCACAGCAGCCACACUUCGGUUAGUCAAGUGUGACCCUGCAGUUCUGCUCCUAAAUCAGCAGGGUAGUCAAGUAAAUCAUCCAAAGGGUUGUCAUCUUCCAGCAAAAGAAAAUCAUGGCAACAAGGCCUCGAAGAGUAAGGAACUUGAACCUCCCAGAAGUAGAAGAUGUAGAACCUGCUGAGGAUGAGCAUGACAAUUCAGCGGAGAAUGAGAACAAUGAAAAUUUACAGUGUCCUCCUGAUAUUGAUGGUUUAUUAGCUCGCAUGCCACGCUACCAUCCUCGAAGUCCAAUUAAGAUAAUAUGGCCAAAUGGAGAGGUGCGGCAAGUUUUAGGUGAUUUCACAAUUUCAAAUCUAUUGGAAUUAGAAGGAGGAAAGGUAAUUGUUGGGACUGAUGAAAAUGGAGUCCCAAAUGAAAGGUCAGCCUCCAUUCUUGGUCAACACCUUGGACAAAUAGCAGAAAAGCCAUCAUUAGCUCCUUUACACAUUCAAAGAUGGGACAAUGCUCUGUUCAAGACACACAAGGAACAAAUAAUCAAGGAUGUUGAGGAAAAGUUUGACUUCCCUCGCUCAACUAGACAGCUCUCAAGGGAUUGGAUCCUAAGGACUGUUAACAAUAGAUGGAGAGCCUACAAAUCUAAGUUGAAGAAACAAUAUUUCAAUCCUGAAGAUAGAUCUCUAGAUGAAAUCAUAAAAGGGAAACCACCAACUGUAAAUGAACAUCAAUGGAGAGCUCUUGUUGGAUUUUGGUGCCAGGAAUCACAUAAGAAACUAUGUGCCACAAACUCCCGAUCUGCAAAAGAACAGAAGAAUACCCACACAACAGGGCGAAAAAGCCAUGCUAGGCUGAAAAAAGAGAUGGAAGACAAAAAGAAAAGAAAGGUUCAUAGGCUAGAAUUGUGGGAGGUUGCUCAUAAAAAAAAGAAUGGUAGAUACACUACUGACAAAGUAGAGACAUUAGUGGAUGCAUCUUUUGAGGAAUUACAAAAAAGGAAAGAGAACAACAAUGGUGAUCUUUCAGCUCAAGAUUUUAAUGAGGUGUUCAAUGAGAUAGUUGCUAAGGAGUUAAAAGCACGUGGGUACUAUGGUGAUAAGUAUUGGAGUCAAAUGCGAGUUUCUCAAGGUGUAACCUUUGUUACUCCAACUGAGGAAGAAAUUAGGUACCAAGAGAAAGUAAAUGCAAUGGAGAAUAAGAUGCACCACAUGACUGGUCUGAUGAAGCACUGGCUUGCUUUCAUGUCAAAAAAUUUCCAGAAGAGGAUUUCAUAAAUGAAAUGGAAGGAGCCCUAGAGGAUGAUGAAGAUGGUCUUAUGGAAACAAAAUGUGAUACUGAAAAAAGCCCUGAACAAUCAAGUGGUAAUGACAACUCUCCAUCAAUUGAUGCGCAGCAAGCACCUGUCCAGAUAAAUAAUGGAGCCACUGAAGACCACACAUCUUUAUCAAAUGAGCAGAGAAUUGCAAUGGAGGGUCAUGCAGAUAAGGGUGAUGCAGGCACUAACUUGCGAUCUGAUACUAUACAGACCAACAUGAGAUCUCGAAGAGUUAAAGCCCCCAGUUUGAACCGAUCGGAAUCGUGUGAAAUGGAAGUCUACCUUAUUUCACUGAGAAACAAAGGGAGAGUGGCGGCGAAAGGAACAUUAAGACUACUGAUAGCAAACGAGUUAUUGGUGGAAGCAUGCUUGGAACGGAAUUUGUUGGUGUUUAUGUUGACGGAAUUGAAAAUAAGGGAGAUGAGGAGUUACCUCGACCACUCUAUAGUAUUUGUACUCUAAUAGAUGCUGUUGGCUUUAUUAUUCCUUGGCCCAAAUCACAUGUGAAAAAAGUUAUGAGUUCAAAUCAUACCUGAACCAGCUUGGAAAGAAGUUCAAGCCAUGAGUGGAAAGGAGAAAGAAAGGGCAACGAAAGAUAGAUAUAUUUUAGUUGUUACAGAAAAUUCUAGAAAUAUUUGUAUGAUACUGCUACUUUCUAUGUUUCUUUGAGAACAAAUUUGUCUUGUUCAGUGUACUUCAAUUAAUCGAUGAGUUGGUUCCAGAAUUACUCA